AUGUACUUCUUUCUGGGGACUUUGUCCUGCCUAGAGACUUGCUAUUCCUCAAGUAUCUUGCCAAAAAUGUUGGCUAGUUUGUUAACUGGAGACAGAAUUAUUACUAUGGGUGGAUGCUUAGCCCAGUAUUAUUUCUUUGGCUCUUGUGCAGCCACUGAAACAUACCUCCUUGCAGCAAUGUCUUAUGACCGUUAUUUGGCUAUAUGUAGACCUUUGCACUAUCCUUCUAUAAUGAGUAGGAAAUUAUGUUUCCAGCUUAUCACUGGGGCAUGGGUCAAUGGGCUGUUAGCUAGUGGCAUCUUGGUAUUUCUGAUUACUCAGCUACUUUUCUGUGGCCCCAAUGCCAUUGACCAUUACUUUUGUGACUUGACUCCACUGGAAAAACUUUCCUGUAGUGACACAAGCCAUAUGGACCAUGUCAUCUUGCUCUUGUCCUUCACUGAGGCUCCAUUCCCAUUUGUUUUAAUACUCAUUUCCUACUUUUCCAUCAUUAACACCAUCAUAAAAAUCAAAUCCAGCACUGGAAGGAAAAAAGCUUUUUCAAACUGUUCCUCUCAUCUCAUGGUGGUUUGUCUUUUUUAUGGCACAUUAAUCAUUGUCUACGUGUUGCCAGACACACCCACUUUGAGACAUCUCAAUAAAUUUUUCUCCAUUUUUUAUACAAUUUUGACUCCUUUGGCCAAUCCCAUCAUCUACACUUUAAGAAACAAAGAAGUUCACAAAGCCUUCAGACGAGUUUACAGUAAACUGACAUUGUUUGGGAGGGUGUAA